GUGUGAUGUAGGAGUCAUGUCUCUGCAGAUGGUGCUGCAGCAGAGAAUAAGCUCCGCCCAGGCGUUGCUGCAUCGGGCGGAGCACCUCUGUCAAGGUGUGGAGGGUCACCAGAAGCUGUGUGGUAAACUGCGGGCGGAGCUGCGCUUCCUGCGACGGGUGGAGGCCGGAGAGCUGCAGGUCAAAGAGUCUCACCUGCACAGCACCAACCUGACUCACCUGACAGCCAUCGUGGAGUCGGUGGAGAGUCUGGAGAACGUGGUUGCUCUGCUGCAUGUCUUCACCUACCAGGACGCCACCGGCUGCAGACAGACGCUGGUGGUGGACGUGGUGGCUAACAAGGGACACACCUGGGUGAAGGCGGUGGGCAGGAAGGCGGAGGCUCUACACAACAUCUGGCAGGGGCGGGGCCAGUAUGGAGACAAGAGCAUCAUCAGCCAGGCCCAGGACUUCCUGCAGGCCAGCCGCCAGCAGCCCGUCCAGUACUGCCACCCCCACAUCGUCUUCGCCUUCUACAACGGGGUCUCCUACCCCAUGGCUGAAUGCCUCAAGGACAUGGGCGUUGCCGUCCGUGGGGACAUUGUUGCUGUCAACGCUGUGAUGACAGAGGAAGGAGGGGAAGAGGAGCAGCAGCAGGAGGAGGAGGAGGAGGAGGAGGAACCAGUUGAAGAUAAAGAUGAAGAUGAGGAGGAGGAGGAGUCUGAGCUGACACGAGUCGACCGCGGCACGGUGGUGGCCAGCCUGGCGUUUCCCGCUCAGGUGAAGGUGGAGGAGUGUCAGCGCGUUAACCUGGACAUCACCACGCUCAUCACGUACGUGUCGUCGCUGAGUCACGGGCGAUGUUACUUCACCUUCAGGGAGCCUGUGCUGACGGAGCAGGCGGCACAGGAGCGCCACCAGCAGGUGCUGCCGCAGCUCGACGCCUUCAUGCAGGGGAAGGAGUUGUUCGCCUGCCGCGCCGCCAUCAGCGACUUCCAGCUGAUCCUGGACACGCUGGGAGGGCCAGGUGAGAAGGAGCGGGCCGAGAAGCUGCUGGCCCGACUUCACGUGGUGGACGACCAGCCGUCGGAGCGCACAUUGCGCCUCACACCCAGUGCCAAGGUCAACCGCCGCUCGCUCAUGAUCUUUGGUACAGGAGACUCACUGAGAGCCGUUACCAUGACGGCAAACAGCCGAUUCGUCAGGGCGGCAGCCAAUCAAGGCGUCCGAUACAGCGUGUUCAUCCACCAACCGAGAGCUCUGACUGAGGGCAAGGAGUGGAGGGCCUCGCCCGUCUCUGAGCAGGGGCUGAUGGGAGUUUGAGUUCAUACACAGGUGCAAUAAUCAAUGUGUCAUGUAAAUAUCAUCUGAUCAUAAAUCUGUAAUCAAAGAUCAAUAAAGUGACAUGCCCACUUCCUG